AUGGAGAAGAAGCGACGGGCGCGCAUCAAUGUGUCGCUGGAGCAGCUCAAGUCAUUGCUGGAGAAACAUUACUCGCACCAGAUCCAGAAACGCAAGUUGGAGAAGGCAGACAUACUGGAGCUGAGCGUCAAGUACAUGAAAAGCCUUCAGAACGCAGUGCAAGGGCUCUGGCCGGUCCCCAGCGGAGCCGAGUACCCGUCGGGCUUCCGCGGCUGUCUGCCCGGCGUCAGCCAGCUUCUGCGGCGCGGAGACGAGGGCGGCGGCGGCCUGCGCUGCCCCCUGGUGCACGAGCGCGCGGGUGGCAGCACCAUGGACAGCGCUGGCCCCGGCCCGGAGGCGCCAGCGCGUUGCGGCCCCUAUGCUCCGGCCGUUUGGGCCCCUGCUCCGGCUGCCGGCAGCUCGCAGUCCCCGCCGCCCCGGCUCCUCUUCCCUGGAGGUCUCCCCGGCCCGUCCACCAGCGUCCCGGAGCCGCAGCCGGCCUCUCGCCGCUUUGCCGAGAGCCCGGGGCCGGGGCUGCGCGUGUGGCGGCCCUGGUGA